ACACAUCAUCCGUCUUUCAGCAGACACAUACCCAUCAAUCCCAGACUGAGGAAGAGAGGCCAUCAUGUCUUCUCUGAGCAACUUGCCAGGGGUUAAGUCACUGCUGCUGUUGCUGGUUCUGGUGGUCAUGAUGAAGACAGGACUCUCAAUGCCAAAGAGGUCGGGCUGCCCCAAAGAUGAAGGGAAUGGCUCUUAUCAGAAUGUGAAGAUUAACAUGAAUAUCAAUAACCGAAACCAAGGCUCAAAGAUGUCCCCCGAUUAUAAGAACCGCUCCACCUCUCCUUGGGAUGUGUUUCCUAAUGAGGAUGCCAACAGACUGCCCCGCACAAUCUGGGAGGCUAGGUGCCGUCACUCAGGCUGCAUCAAUGCUGAGGGAAAAGUGGACCACCACAUGAACUCCGUCGAGAUCCAGCAGGAGAUUUUCGUCCUCCGCAGAGAGUUCCCAAACUGCUCCACUUCCUUCAAACUGGAGAAGAUGCUGGUGACUGUGGGUUGCACUUGUGUCACCCCACGUACAGUGUCCUGAAAGCUGAGGGUCAGCUCAUUGGGGGAUGCCUCAGAGGCAACAAGGCAUCCUCACACAGCUUCCAGCAACAGACACCUCCCUUUAGCCAUACACAAACCCUCAGGAUGCAAUCCCAUUUCAGACCAAAUUCUAUCUAGAAUCUGAUCUAGCUUCAAACUUUUCUUCAGGCAUAAGGACCAGCUGUCUCUAUGACUUUAAAUUGUGAGCACAUGUUGGCUUUUAAUUUGAUUUUUUGGAUUUUUUUAAAAUUUGGUUACGUAUCCUUAGACCAUUGAGAGCAGGUGUCAAUUUGCUGAGAGUGCUUAUUAUUUUUUUUAAUAUUUCUUGCCCUAAAAAUCAGUGACUAGGUGUAUGAUAUUUUUUAUUAUUUAAAAAGGUAAAACUUAUAUUUAUAUGAAUUAUUUAUGGAUCUAUUUAUAUUGCCUUAGUUUACAGAGAGAAAUCAAAUAAUUUGAUCCUUAGAUUCACUAAGGGAAGCCUAUCUUCUGGUUCAAAAUCUGUGACUGGACUAGCUGACCUAUGAAGUCACUUCCAGCUCUCAGUCUGAUCCUAGCAUCCUAUAAU